CGUUGAAUUGCUAACAUACAAUAUCUUCGACAGUCUAAAUUAUAAUUAUACUGUAUUCUUGGGGUGUAUCAAUAAAAGUAUAAAAUGACCACUUUUAAAGAAGCCGCUGGUCUAUAUCAGAAUCUGACUAAACAAUUCAAUAAAAAGAAGCCUGAUCUGGGUAAAUGCACUGACUUGUUGAAAACGAUUAAAAUUGCUUUGACAGAAUUGUCGUUUUUACCCGCUGAUGCGACUCCAAAUAUACAAGAAUUUGUGUUAGCAAGAGAUGUCCUCGAAACAGGAGCUCAGCUGUGCAUAAUGAAAGAAGAUAUUCCAGGAUUCGAGCGUUACAUGUCACAGUUGAAAUGUUAUUAUUUGGAUGACAAGGGUACAAACGCACCAGAAUCUCCAUAUAAGCACCAACUUUUAGGGCUCAAUUUACUUUGCCUUCUUUCACAAAAUAGAGUUGCAGAGUUUCAUACAGAAUUGGAGCGGUUACCAGCAUCGGACAUUCAAAACAACAUCUAUAUUCAUCACCCGAUUUCAAUGGAGCAGUAUUUAAUGGAAGGGAGCUACAAUAAAUUGUUUUUGGCCAAAGGGAACGUACCUGCUGCCAGUUAUAACUUCUUUAUAGACAUUUUACUUGGCACCAUUAGGGAUGAAAUCGCAGGCUGUAUUGAGAAAGCAUAUCCUAACAUCGCGGUUCAAGAUGCGUUACACAUGUUGUACUUUGAAACGGAAUCUGAUUUUGCCGAAUAUGCUACAAAAAGGGGUUGGCAAUCAGGGCCUGAUAAAAGAUAUAGGUUCAAUGCUAAAAACCAACAAGAGGUGGAAACCACACUACCAUCUUCAGAACUGGCAUCUCAGGUUAUUGAUUAUGCAAGAGAACUUGAAAUGAUUAUAUGAAUAUUCUGGUUACUGUUUGAAACAUUCUUUGAAAUUUGUUUGUUGGACAGUACACUAAAAUUUUGAUGUUGGAUCAAUCGCAAAAAUUGAUUUAUUAUUUAUCGUUUGGCUGGUCAAGUUUGAUAUAAACUAAUAAUGCUGUAAAUUUAGUAUUUGAGGUUUUGUACUUUGUAGUCCUAGGCCUAUUUCAUCACAAUGCACACUACUUUGCAUGUUUCCAUACAAUCAAUUUCAAGUAACACAACUAGAUAUAUAUAAAAUGUCUGGUAUUGUUCUUCUCGUUUUGAACUAUAUUCUAUGACCAUCUGACAUGAGCAUUUACCGAGAUUGUGUAUGUGCAAUUUGUGAUGCAACUGGGACUACCUAAUAAUGCAUUCUCAACAUCUUAAAAACUUAUACAUACUGAUAUUGUAUUUUGUGUAAUGUAAAUACAGA